AUGCCGUUGCCCGCCAACCCUCUCAACGCCCUUAGCCAGGUGUUCCCUCCUAAGCCACAGUUCACAGAGGCCAACGUGCCUGACCUCACAGGGAAAGUAACCAUUGUUACUGGAGCAAACACUGGUGUCGGUCGUGAAAUUGCACAAGUUCUUUACAGCAAGAAUGCGACUGUCUGGGCCGCUGCCCGUAGCGAGGAGAAGGCUCGAGCUGCUAUCGAGGGCAUCAAGCAGCAGCAUCCCACUUCAAAGGGCUCCAUCAAGUUCAUGAAGCUCGACCUUGCUGACCUGACGACAAUCGGAGACUCGGCCAAGGAAUUCCUCGCCGCUGAGAAGAAACUCGAUCUCCUGUUCAACAAUGCUGGAGUGAUGACGCCACCAGAAGGCUCGAAGACUGUGCAGGGAUAUGAGCUCCAGCUUGGAGUUAACUGUCUAGGUCAUUUCUUGUUCACCAAGCACCUCACGCCUCUCCUCCAGUCGACGGCCAGAUCGGCACUCAAAGAUUCCGUCCGUGUAAUUUGGGUGUCUAGCUCCGCAGCAGACGUCCUCUCGCCCCCUGGUGGAUUUGAGCGUGACAACUUGGAUUACCACGAGCCGCGCAACCUGAUCCAUAAGUAUGGAACAAGUAAGGCGGGUAAUUACUACCACAACACAGAGUUCGCCAGAAGAUAUAAGGAAGAUGGAGUCGUCAGCGUGUCCUUAAAUCCUGGCAACUUGGCCAGCGAACUUGAUCGCACCUCGCCAUGGUGGAUGUACUACCCUAGAAUAUUUACCACGUACCCUUCCAUCAAUGGUGCUUACACAGAGCUCUUCGCUGCCUUCUCUUCAGAGAUUACACUUGAGAAGUCUGGUACUUGGGUUGUUCCGUGGGGUCGAUUUAUGCCUAUCCGCCCAGAUCUACAGAAGGGAGCGCUGCCUGAGUCUGAAGGUGGCACAGGUAUGGCGGAGUGGUUCUGGAAGUGGUCGGAAGAGCAGGUUAAGCCUUACUUCAAAGGCUAA